AUCAUGGUGUUCCUUAGCUUGGAGUCACUCCAUGUGUUCUUACUGCUGAUGUUUCAGCAACAAGUUACAGGGCAGCCCCAGUACUAUGUGGAGGCAACAGAAGAAAGCAACGUCACGUUAACGUGUGUCAUUUCCAGAGCCUUUCCGCCUUCAUCCAUGACGUGGUAUAAAGCGAUUGGGGGUGAGUGCACACAUGUGUACUCCUUCCCUCCAAUGGAUGAGGGAAAUGACCCUCGUGUGACAUGGACAGAAGAUACCUCACUGUUGAACUUUAGCAUCACAAUAAGAGACGUCAAAGUCAAUGACACGGGAGAGUAUUUCUGUGAAAUGCACACAAAGUUACUGUGGGACAUGCACUGCAUGUAUGGACGAAGGAUCACCCUAACUGUGAGAGGUUCGUAUGGAGCUUUAUCCAAUGAAUAUUUCCCUUUUUAUAUUCUGCUGUUGGAGAAAAUGUGCCUUCUAGUUUUAAUCACUGCUGUCUUCAGCGUCUGGAAGUGGAAUGAAAAGAGAAACACUGGAGCAUCGCAAGGACCUAAGGUGGGGCAAUGAAGGUCCAAUUAACCUGAAAACCUCCGAGUGUCCUCCCAAUUGAAAUGCUGUUCAUAUCUUGUCCCUCAGAGAAGCCACCACCAAUAAGCCACCUGGUUUAUCUUUUCUCUUUAUAUUUUACUUUGUACCUUCAUCGAGUUCGACCGUCCUUUGAUUAUUCGACGGCAUUACAGAACUGUCGUCAGAGUUUUAUUUUCUCAGGUUCUUUGUAUUGCACAGCAUGCAGUAAAUUCAGAGAAAACAUCUAUCAAUGCAUCUACUAUAUAAUAGCUACCACUGGAAGGACUCCAAUUCCCAGCAGCCCCAAAGGGGAUUGCCCUCAUUGGAUGACUGAAACGGACUCAUGGGCUACCGGUGACAAGCAGGAAACUUGAAAAGAGAAGAGAAAGGUCUGCGUUUCUGUAUAUCCCAUGUGUCCUGUGCAACGUAAACACUGUGAAGUCAUUCGCACCCUGGAUCGUUUCUCGCAAGGAUGAAUGGACUGUCUCGUGUCUGCCUGUCGUGUGAAUAGGGUGGAUUAGUUGUCAUGUGUUCUCAGAGGUAGAGAUCCCACAAAUCUCGCCACUCAGGACUACCAGUACGGCUGUUUAAUUCAUUUAUUAUGGAACCUGUUCCUGGGAUUGUCAUCAUCAUCUUUACACCAUACCAUUCAUCCAUUUCUACAGCAUUGGAACUGUGAUAAGGACAUUGUCAUGAGUGUUCAUUGUUGGGUUUGAGUGUUGUAUGUUAUAUUUGUAUCACCGAAAGGGGAAUGGGAGGGUUGUCUGAUUUCUGUUGUUGUUAAUUGAUUUUUCACUUAAUAUAUUUCACUCAUUUGUUUAAUUCGUGUCUCUGUCUGUGAGUAAAGUAUGUACGGGUCGGGCCAAGGCUGGCUGUGUUCCUGGAAUCGCCAACGAAAAAAGAAAUAAUAAUAAAAAGUGAAUCUGAGUGGC